AUGGCGUCGUCGUUCAUGUCGCAGGUGCGCGCUCUCCGCUCCUAUCGCAUGACUCCGCUCGCUCGUCCUCCUCCCGCCCGUCGCCCACCCGCCAUCUCCGCCGAAUCCGCUCCUGCCGUCCCCUUCUCCCGCCCACCCUGCUCCCCCGCCUCGCCGCGCUCUCUCUUCCGUCUCCUUCCCUCGUUCACCACCGCCACCUUGUUCCCUGCCUUCUGCGCAACGGGGGGAGGGGGGGUUGGAGGGCAGGGGACGGAGGGGAAGGAGAGGGUGUGGAGUGGAGGGAAUUGCGGUGGCAAGGGGGGCGAGGAGGGUGCAAGGGAAAGUGGGGGGGGCGCUGGGGGGCAGCAGGGGAUGGGGCCAAAAGAGGGUGAGCGGGGCGGUGGCGGGGGCGAGAGGGGGGGCGAUGGAGCAGGGAAGGAGGAGGAGGGCGGUGGUGGUGGGAGCGACACGGACUCAGAGUCGUCGCAGGGAAGCAGCAGCAGUGGGGCGGGGCAUGCGAGGGAGGAGCUGGCGGAGCUGCUGGCGCUAGGGGGGCUGCGGGCGUUCCUGCAGCACACCGUGCUGAACGCCAGUGUGACUGUAACGGACGUGCUCCUGCAGUACUCCACGCCGUCUGCUGUGCUGUCUCUGCGCUGCGAUAAGCUCCUCCUCCACUCCACUGCACCUGACUGGACCCCUGCCUUUGUGCCACCAGAGGAAGGCGUGAGGAAGGUUCUGGAAGUUACUGGCCUGUCGGUGGAUGUCGCAAGUACAUCUAGCCAAUCACACAACGCCACGUGUCAGGCCAGCCAAGUGCCGCUCCUCUCCGCUGUGUCCCUCACUUGUCGCAUCGCCAUCACCCCGCCCUGUGUUGCUCUUGCCGUGCCCCAGCGCGCCUGCCUCUCCCUGCGCCUGCUGCCCCUCGCCCUCUCCGCCUCGCCCUCCCACCUCGCUGCUCUGCUCAGCGCCGCACACUCAUGCCGGCACACAUGGGGGAGAGGCGCUGGGGCACAGGGAGUAGGGGGGGCGGAGGGAGCGGGGGAAGCAGUUGGAGGGGGCGUGGAAGAGAAGAGGAGUGGAACGGAGGAGGGAGGCGGGCAUGGCAAGGGCAGAGGUGACAGCGGGGAUGCGAUGGGUGGGACAAGAGAAGCAUCUGAGAAGCUUCUGGUAUCAGCAAGUGAGGAGGGAGAAAAGGCAGCAAAGGAGAGGGCGGGUGGAAUGAUGGAUGGGCUGCAGCAAGAAGGGCAGCAGGGGGGGCAGCAGGGGGGGCAGCAGGGGGGGCAGCAGGAGGGGCAGCAGGGGGGGCAGCAGGGGGGGCAGCAGGGGGGGCAGCAGGGGGGGCAGCAGGGGGGGCAGCAGGGGGGGCAGCAGGGGGGGCAGCAGGGGGGGCAGCAGGGGGGGCAGCAGGGGGGGCAGCAGGGGGGGCAGCAGGGGGGGCAGCAGGGGGGGCAGCAGGGGGGGCAGCAGGGGGGGCAGCAGGGGGGGCAGCAGCAGGGGGGCCAGCAGAAGCGGGGAUUGUUUCACAGCAUGGGGCGCGCGAUUGGGUGGGUGCAGCAGCUGUUUGAGGAUGAAGAGGACGAUGAGGCGAGCAGCAGCGGCGCUGCCGUGGCAGCCACGGGGCAAAGUGCGUUGUCAGUGCGAGCUGCUGCUGCUGCUGCAGCAGCGGGUGGUGGCUUGGAGAGUGAGCAGAUCUGGGAGUGGGCCACGGGGUACGAGGCGGGUGUGCACUUUGACUUGGCAGCCACUGAUUGGUCCGUGGCUGCGCUGCUAGAGGGCGCUGAGCUGUCUCUUGUGAGCAGUGCGGGCGACGGCAUGGAUGGCAGUGGUGGCGCAUCUGUGUGCUGUGAGGGCCAUGCCGCCGGCCUCACUGCACAUGAAUGCCACGGAGCACCUGCACCUCCAAGCCUUGACCUGGGCCUUGCCGGCCCAGCCUGCUAUCCGAAGCUGGAGUGCAGGCUCGGGGCCGUGCUGGUGGAGGCGGAGGGGCGGGGCCGGGCGGUGCAGGCAGCGAGUGUGAAGGUGGGGCCCGUGGCAGUGGCUGUGGCAGUGGCUGUGGCAGUUCCAGGGAGCAGCGCUUCAGGUGUCUCUUCAGGUGCCGAUACACAUGUUCCUUCUGGUGGCUCGGAUCCCGCAGCAGUAAUACCGUCUUCUCUCCGUCCUCUUCUCCGCCUGCACACGCGGCAGCAGGCAGGCGAGGCAGGGGCAACAGCAGUGGGGGGCCGAGGGGAGGGCGCGGUGGGGUCGUAUGGGAGCCUGCAGGCGCCGCUGCUGCACUCCCUCGCCCCCCUGGGUGCCGUGCUGCCCGCACACACAGCAGCAGGGGGAGAGCAACACACGGGUGCUCGCGGGGCGCGAAGACAAGGGGCAGCAGGGGGGAGUGCGAGUCGGGGAGGGAAGGAAGAUGAGGAGGGGGAGAGUGUGGGGGAGUGUGAGGAGGGGUGGAGUGUGGAGGGAGUGUGGUGGCGUGGGGUGCGAGUGGCAGAGGCGUUUGAAUCCUCGCAGGCUGCUGGGCCGUUGGGGCUCACUGCUGACGUCAGCCUCUCGCUACACGUGGGGCUCGUGGCAGUCUCCUAUUGGCCGGGCAUGGCCAGCACUGUGCUGCGGUGGUGGCAGGACGUGCAGGCAUGCCGUGGUGGUGGAGGUGGGGAAGUGGGAGGGGCUGUGAGAGGGGACGGGUGGCUUACACAAGAGGAGCCCAGAGCCCCACUGCCUCUCGCCCCCACUCCCUCGUCCCCAGGCAGCGGUGGUGGAUGGUUGGGGUGGGUGGCGCGGGUGAGCAGCGCCGAGGUGGGAGGGGACGGGGUGACUGUGCGCAUGGGUGGCAGCAGUAGCGGGGGAAGCUGCGGCUUGGAGCAGAAGCUGCAGAGGGGGGCCGAGGGUGAGGGUGAGGGUGAGGGCGAGGGUGUGAGUGUGAGCACGGGGCGAGUGGCGGUGUGGAAGAGGCCAGCGAGAUGGGUGGGGGACGAUGGCAGGGCGUGUGAGGGAAGCAGGGCGCGGGUGACAGUGACGCUGCAGGCACACAUGCACUCUCUGGACAACGCCCAGAGUCUGGACUCUCCCCGCCUGUCCUCCCCUCACCUUGCCUGGUCUGGCAUCCCCCCCAUUCCUGACCUCCCUGCGCGCCCCUCUGCCAUCCGCCCAUGGCAGCUGUGCCCCGCCACGCUGCUCCACCCGGCCUCUCUCCGCGUCGACUGCACGUGGUCCACUGCUGCUGCUGCUGCCGCCUCGUCACCUCAAGCACCAGCCGCGCCACAACGGCUGGCAGCAGCAGCACCGCCAGCUGGAUCAUUUGUGCGGCCUGAAUUGGCUGCUGGUGGAACGCGUAGCAGUGGGGGUGGGGAAGGGAUUGAAGGCGGGUUUGCUGUGAUGGGGGAGGGGGGCAUGAAGCAUGGGGCGAGGGGGGGAAGCGAGGGUACGGUGGAAGCCAGCCUGGAUGCCGUCUCUCUGCAUGUCUCCCGCCCACAGGCCGCCUCUCUGCUGGCCAUGGCUGCUGCUGCGCUCAGAGAUCACGUGCAGCAGCAGGUGGGGGCGUUCUGCCAUGUGCGGGCGUGCAGUGUGGUGCUGGCAGGGGGAUGGCGCAGCGGCCGCUCUCAGCCCGCCAGCCCCACACUGCGAGAGGCGUGGCUGCAGCAGGCGGUGCUGCGAGGGCAGGCGCAUGGAGGGCACACGUGGGUGAAGCUGUCCGUUGAGUCUCUAUCGGUGGAGGCACUGCAUGCACUCAGGUGUGUGUGGAGGCACUGCAUGCACUCAGGUGUGUGUGUGUGUGCUGCCAUCACACGACCUCUAAAUCUCCUCCGCUGUGUCCACUGUGUGUUGGUCCGCCACUGCGAUGUCACCACCUACAUUGUACCCGGUGCUUCUCAUUCUAUUUGCGUCCCUCCCAUCCCCCACCCAUCCCUCACAUCCCCACCCGCUCCGCCCUGCCGCGCUCCGCCCAGCCUCUCCCUUCAGCCGUCGCCCCCCGCCUCAGCAGCCCUAUCGGCGUCCUUCCACUCAUCCAUCGGCACACGCCCCCCCAUGCGCCCUGCCAUGUUGCCACCCUCCACUCAAGCCGCUGCGGCGCAGCACGCCCACCCAGGCACCAGCGCUGCUGCAAGUGGUGCUGACGUCACGCUGCACUUGGGUGACGUCAUGCUGGUGGUGUGGGCGGAUCCUCUUGUGCACUUACACGGGCUAAUAGCUGCUGGCAGUGUGGUGAGAGCCCAGGAGAUAGAGGUGGAGAGCGGUGGAGACAGGUGGGAUGGAGAAGGCCGAGGAGCAGGGGCGAGUGGGGAGAGGGGAGCAGACAGAAGAGGUGGAGGGGGAGAGGAGGGAGGAGGGAAGGGAAAGCUGGCAGGUGGGGGAAUGGGGGCAGUAGCACAGAUCAUGGGUGGGGUGGGAUGGGUGCAGGCAGCGGUGCAGCGGGGCAGUGUGAGCAUUGUAGCAGGCCCCUUGAGGGGCGCCAGGGGCCACAGCAGUGGCAGCGCACACAAUGGGGGGGGUUGCAGUGGGGGUGAAGGGGGAGGUGUUGGGGCGAGGGGAAAGGGCGUAGAGGGGCAUGGUGUGUGGGUGGCAGUGGGGCGGGCAGGCAUGAGAGGGCUGUCACUAUGUGUGAUUGUGAAUGAGGGGCGGGGUGGGAGCGGUGCACGGGAGGCGGAGGCACAGAGGGGUGAGCAGGGUGGGGAAGAGCCCCCUGUGGUGUGCGUGCAGCGCGUGUGGGUGGACCUGGGCACGGCGUGCCUGCCCUGCUCGCCUGCCCCCACGCCCCUUGCCACGCUAGAGGAGAGCCACGGCGCUGCAGGGAGCACACAGACGGACACGUGGCUGCGUGCGAUUGGCUCAGAAACCGUGGCUUCGCUGGUGCAGGUGGAGGGAGUGACGGUGGGGGGUUUGGGAAAGGCAGGGCCGUGCGAGCAGGUGGGGCAGGAAGAAGGAAGGCAGCAGCAACGAUGUCAGCAUGAUCGCGGGCAGCAGUGUCAGUGCACUGAGCACACUGGAGGGCCAUGCAAUGAGAAUCGGCCUCUUGACCUGCUGGUGGGUGCUGCCUCCCUUUCCUGCAAUUCCUCCCCUCAUAUCUCCCCACGCCCCUCGUUUCCUCCCUUGGUGGAGCGGGUGGGCGUCACUGUCUCGCGCCACCAGGUCCACACCCUGCUGCUGCUGCGCCGCCACCUCACCACCGCCCUGCUGCCUCUGCUGCGCCCACCUGCCACCACUGCUGCUGUCACCCAGCAAGGCAGGCAGGGCAGGCAGGGCAGCACAGAGAGGGGCAGCAGCAGCAGCAGCAGCAGCAGCAGGUGCGUCAACGGUGCCAGCGGUGCAGUGACACGUGUCAGCAUGCGAGUGGUGGAGUGCACAGCAGCCAUGCCCCUAUGGGCGGCAGCCAGCCCCCCGGCAGUCAGCAGCGCCUUCCACGGCGCCCACUCGGCCCACCGUGCCUCCUCGCACCUCCACGCCACCAUCUCCCACUGCUGUCUCUCUGCCUCCAUAGCCCCCCUCCUGCUGUCCACAGGCAAUGCGCGCCCUGGUUGUUCCUCUGGUGCAGCAGCAGCACCGCCGGUGGUGCAUGGCAGCGUGGGGCGAGUGGCAGUGGAGGCGGUGAGGCAGGGCAGGCGCCAGGCAGGAGCACCCGGGGCCACGGGGCUUGCACCCGCAGGGGCGGCUGAGCAGCGCUUCACUCUGCUCGCCCUGCCGCACGCUGCCCUCUCACCGUCUUCCUCACGCGCCCCUCACCACCGUGCCCACACUCCUCCUCCUCACUACUCCCCUGCAGCAGCACACCCGCCUGGCAUGCCACCCCACCAGCACUCAGAGCCCAGCUGCCCUGCUCACCCUGCCACCCCCCCUGCUGCUGCAGGCGCCCCUGCAGGCAUGGCGUGGAGAGUGGUGGAGGAGGAGAGGCCCUUUCUGCCACACCCUUGUCUUUCACCGCGCGCAUCCGAUCUGAUUCUCAAUGCCUGCGUGCGUGCCGCACUCCCUCUGCACCAGUCACCAUUGUUCGCCCUUCAUUCUGCUCCCUGUUCUCACCUCCACCUCCACCACACCUGCCACCGCCCGCAGGUCAUCGCCACGCUGUACGACGUCCUCCCGCGCCUGCGCGCCCCCCCGCCACCACCACAGCAACUGUCUGCGCGGCACACAGGGAGAGACGCUGCUGUCUGCUCUGCCACCCACCAUCCGGCAUGCAUGCCCAACGAACACGGCUCACGCACACCACAGAAGCAGGCAGCCCCUAGGAAGGGAGAGGGCAGUGCCGCACCACCCAAAGGGUCUCUACCAGUGUCCCGGCUGUGGGGCGUGAAGGUGGCGAGUGGAGGCGCCCUCAUCUCGCUGCUCUCAGCCUUGGAAGCCUUCCAAGCAUCUCAAGGCUGUGAAGGGUCACCCACCCCUGACACUGACACUCCCCACGCUCACAAGCCGUGCCCAUCCUCCCCACCGCCCGCCUGUGUGUCGUCCCCCUCAGCGCUGUCCCGCCUGCCGCGCCUCUCCAUCUCCUCCCACUUGGUCGCUCACGAUGACUCCGAACCCCACCCACCGUGGCAGGGGGGCGCGCAACAGCUCGGCGCGCAGCAGUCGGGCGAGCAGCAGGGGGAGCAGAAGGAGAGGGAGGGUGUGGCAGGGGGAGCAGGCGUGUCAGUGGAGUUGGAGAGCUGCACGCUCACUCUCUCCCUCGUGCCCUCACUGCAUGACAUCCGCCGGUUUGCAGGCACCCACGAUGCCUCUUGCCCGGGCCGCAUCAUCCUCCCCCACACACCACCCACCACCCACUCCUCCUCACACCCCCCUUCGCACCGCCCCCCGCCGCCCUUCCUCAUCCCCACCAUCGAGCUCCAGUCGGCCCACACGGCCAUGCGCCUGUGCAGCACGGACCUCCUCUCCAGCCCCACGCUGCUCUCACACGCCCACUCCACCGCACUGCACCUCACAGCCCUGGGCACCCCCUUGCCCCUGCGCCUCACCAUACACACGGACUUCGCGUCGCCCCGCCUCUGCCCCAAGGUGCUGCUGCCGCUCAUCCGCCUCGCCAGGUCCCUGCGGGAUGCGUGGGCGGCAGCGAGGUCCGUGCGGGUGGCGCAUGAGGUGCAGGCGAGCAUCGAGGUGCAGGGUGCGCCGAGUGACGACCUGCGCAGUGGGGCGUUUGAGUGCAGCAGGGGGGAGGGGAGGGUGCAAGGGGGGGUGGCGGGGUGGGAGGAGGUGGGGGCGGGGCAGGUGGCGUGGGGGGAGGGCGUGGCCAGCAGAGACAGGCCGCUCAGCAACAGCUGCUUUGGGGGAGGCUGGAUCGCAUGGCGCUACCCCUACCCGCGUGCAGUGCACCAACUGGUCAUCACGGCACCUCUCCUUGCCGGUCCCCUCGCCUGGCGGCUGCCCCCCGUGGCGCUGCGCCUUGCCCGCUUCCACCCCGCCCACCGCACCUUCCACGACGCCCUGCCCCCCGUGCUCUGCCCGCCCUCCCCCUCGCCCUGCGCUCUGCAUGCUGCCCACGCCACCUGCCCCGCGUGCCCCACGUGCCGCCCCAUCGUGCUGGAGCUGGAGCAGGAGGGGGAGGGCGAGGGCGAGGCGGAGCUGUGGCUGCUCUCGUGGUUCGUGCCGCUCAACCCCGCUGACGUCAUGCACCCCUCCGCACCCGCAUGUCACCACCCCGCUCACGCUGCCAUGCAUGCACCCACCCGACCCACAGCUGAUGCCGCCUCCUCUGUGCCUUUGUGUGCCCCCUCUGCCUCCCUCACCGGAGCAAUCUCUCUGCUCUCCACCGUGUACGGCUCGCCCGCUGCUGCCACCAUCACUGCCGCCGCCACUGCUGCUGCCGCCUCAGCCCACGCCCCUGCGACGCAGGGCAUGCCGCGCACCUUCCCCGCCCUGCCCGCGGGCCCCAUGCUAAACGCCCCUCUGGACACGCACGUGCUGCCCGCCUCGCUGCUGCUCGCCCGUCUGCUCAUCAACCCCACCAGCGCCGGCCCGCACACACGCCCACGCCUGCCCUCACCGCCCCUCGUGCCAUUCCUGCGUAUUGGGUUGGGCGGGCGGCUGGUGGUGGUGCGCGUGGUGGAAGAUGUGGAUGCGGGCGAGGGGCAGAUGAGGGAGGCGGUGGUGGUGGGCGGGGAGGGCGUGCGGGUGUGCGUGCACAUGUGGAGCACGCGCAUGUGGGCGGUGCAUGCUGCUGCCACCGUGUGUGCCGAUGCCAUUGAUGCCAGCGACCUCUCUCAGCUGCCAGUGCUGGAGCCGCUCCCCCUGCGCGCCUCACUCAACGUGCUGUGGAAGCCCUUCUGGUCGCCCGCGCUGCUCUCCCGCCACCACCGCCACCCCCCCCGCUCCUCCCUCUUCUCCCCUCCCCACCCCGCCUCACUCCUUCGCCAGCCCUCCUCUCCCCCUCACGCCCACUCCUCCCACUCUUCCCACUCCUCCCCCUCCCCGCCCUCCUCGCCCCGUGCCCCGUGUGGGCCGCGCGACCCCUUGGACGUGCACGCGCCACCGUGCUCGCUGGGCAUGGCGGUGGCCGUGCAGGCGGGGGGGCAUGCAUGGGACAGCUCAAGGGCGGGUGGGCGAGGCCAGGCUGGACGCGGUGGCAGGGGCUCCAACACAGGCGGCAGUGGCAGCAACGGGGGCAGCAGUGGCAGCAAGGGGGGUAGUAGUGGGGGUGGGGGCGAGGGGGGCGAGGAGCAUGGGGCGACGGUGCAUGUGAGGGCGGCGUCCCUGAGAGCGCUGCAGCGCCUGCUGCUCGCAUGGACGGGGCAAGGGAGCCAGACAGGCACCGGGCAGGGCGAGGUGGGCGGAGGUGAGAGGGGGUUGGGGGAAGCAGAGAAGAGGAGAGAGAAAAGGGGUGAGGUUGAGCAGGAGGAGAUGAAGGGAGAUGGGAGAGUGCAAGAGAGUGAGGAGAAGGGGUUGGCUUUGGAGACGAGUGAGGUGGAUGGGGGUGGUGCAGCAGAGGCGGGUGAAGGGGCGGCGGAGGAAAGCCCAAGAGGAAUGCCAUCACAGGCGCCGUCCUCUCCCCCACUCCUCGCAUCCCCAUCCCCCCCUCUGUUCGGGUACACUGUGGAGAACAGAUGCCCCGUGUUGCUCCACCUGGGCCAGCACGCCACACAAGAGGCCAUCCCCCUGCCGCCCGGCUGCUCACUAGGCUACAGCUGGUGCCGCCCACCCUCGCUUGUGCCGGGCGCCGUGUGCCAGCUGCGUGCGCGCGUCAGCCAAUGGGAGGGAAAGGGGCGGGGAGAUGGAAUUGAGGGGCGGGGAGAUGGGGCACAAUGGGCAGAGAGGAGUGAUGAAAAGUGUGUGGGGGGAGGGAAAGAAGGAAAAGGGUGGGAGGGGGUGAGCAUUGGAGGCGAUAGAUGGAGUGCGCAGCAUGCAUGUGGAGCAGCUGAAAAGGAUGACAUGGCACGUGGUGAUUGGUCGGCGCCAUUUGAGGUGGACACAGGGGGGCGGCACUCGUUCCUGCUCGCUGUUCCUGUGCUCCCAGACCGCCGCCUCACUGCCUCCAUUUUAGUCACCAUCACUCCCAAUCAUGGCUGCUUGGUGCACGUGCUCUUCACACCGAAUGUGCUUAUAUUGAAUGAGACGGGCCAGGGAUUGGCAGUGGAGAUGCAGGGCUCCGUGCUGCCAGUGGGGGGCAGCAGUAGCAGAGGGGAGGGCGAAGCAUGCAGAUUGCAGUUGGAGGGGAGUAGAAAGGGUGGCAGGGGGCAUGUGAGGCACGUGUUGGUGGCAGAGAGGAGGCGCGGUGGCAGGGGGGGCAUGGGAGGGGAUGAGGCGGUGAAUGGGGGCAAGGAGUCAGAGGGCGUGGAGGUGAGGGGAGCCAAGGGAGGGGAGACGGAGGCAGCAGAGGAGAGGGAGGAGUCGUUGCCUUGGAGGGGCACGGGCGCUGACAGGGCAGCUGUGGUGGUGCGUGUGUGGCUGGCAAGGGAGGCACGCUGGUCCGCCCCCCUUGCUGUUGCGCCCGGCUGCCUUGGCCUGCCCUCUGCGAGCCACCCAGGGAAGGGGCUGGGGGGGACAAGGGGCAGGAAAGGAGGGGGAGAUAUGGCGGCAGCAGAGUGUGAAAGAGCGGUAGCAGUGGUGGAUGGCAGUGAUGGUUGCUCGCUCACCUUCCUGCUCACCGCUGAUGCCUGUGUUCCCGUCUCAGGCCCGCCCUUCCCCCCGCCGCCACACGGGCGAGAGAGUGUGUGGGUGCGCCUCAUGCUGCCCUCCUCCAUCCUCCCCCUCCCAGCUCCCCCUUCCUCCUCCUCACUCCCCACCGCGCCCCCCAGCAGUGCGCCUGACCCCUUGCGCCUCUGGCAGGGUCCCCUGUGUGUGGAGCUCUGGCCUGCCGCCCUCCUCUGCAACGCCCUGCCGCUGCCCCUGCGCGCACGCCUUCUGCUUCUGCAGGGCGCGUCCACCACGAAAUGUAGCGAGGACGGACCCGGGAGGUUGACGGAAGGGAACUGUCAAGAGCAGCAGCAGCAGCAGCAGCAGGAGCGGGACAGAGGGGCGGCGGAGGUGGCAGUGGGGACGGCAGAGGAGGUGGGUGUGGGCGGUGGCAUGUGGGGAGAGUGUGCUUUGGAGCUCGCACUGCCGUGCACUCCCCCCACCACUGCUGCAGCACACACGCCAACCAGCCAUGGCACCAGUGGCACCUGGACUGCUGCUGCCUCGCUCCACCCGCCCGCACAUCCCUGUGCUGAAGCCUCCCUGUGGAGCGCACCCCUUGCGCUCUCCCUUGCUGCCCCCGACCAGCAAGCACCCACUGUCUCUGCCACCUGCCGGGGUGACAUCACUGACUGGUCUGCAGGCAAUGCUGAUGUGUCGCGGUGGGAUUCGCCGAUUCCAGCUGUAGGGAAGCGGCAUGCCAUGUGGCUUCCACAGGCGGAUAGCGAGGUGAGCAUCCACCAGUUGCUGCUUCUCACCGCACUGCACUGCAUUGCACCGCACCGCACAGCAUCGUUAGCACCAUCACACACGCGUCUUCCGCUGGGAUCAGUAAGCCGUUUUGUGUUUCUCUCAUUCCGUCUCUUCUCUCUUUCCCGUGCGCGGUCCCCUGCCCCUCUGUCAAAGCAGAGUCUCCUCUGUGUGCUGGCAGCAUCACACUAUCGCCCCUCUCACCACCCAUGUGCUCACGCUGCUGCCGCCGCUGCCCUGCCAGGCGAUGCGCCCCUGCCACCGCCCGUGCCAGCGCUGCUGCUCUCAGUGCACCCCGUGGCAGUGCUGCACAACCACCUGCCCUUCCCCCUCGCCCUCGCCCUGCACGACGCCCCCUGCCCCAACCUCGUCAUCCCGCCCUCCCACUCCCGCCCCUUCGCCUGGCCCUGUCUCUCCCACGCCCUCCUCUCCCCCUCCCUCUCCUCUACGCCAACUGCAUUCUCCCCUGGUUCCUCUGCUGCCGCCUCCUCUCGUUCCACCCCCACUACUGCAUCUGGCCUGGGUGCCAACCCUAGGAGGCAGGCUCGGGGGUGGUCAGUGCGGCUUGGGGUGCCUGGAGGGUUGGAGGCAUCCAUGGGUAGCGGUGGGGGGAUGGGGGGCGGAGGUGGGGGGGAGGGGGAACCACGAGGAUGGGCGUGGUCGUCUACCGUGCUGGUGCGGGGGGAGGGGGACGCAGAGGGGGGGAGGUCAGGGGGUGGGGGCAACAGUGAGCGGGUGUCCAUCGUGACGCUCAGCUCUCACGGCCCCUCGCACCUGCACUGCCUGCUCUCCGUCUCCCACGUCCCCCUCCCAUCAUCCCAUCCGCCUUGUGCUCCCACCCCCACGUCUCCCUCUCAGCCUGUCUGCCCUCUCCCCUCACACACCACGCACCUCUCUGUGCUGCCCGCCGCCCUGCUCUCCAACCUCACGCCCUUCCCCCUCCACUUCCUCCUAGAUGAUCCCCCCCCUGCCCCUCCCCAUCCCCUGCGCCCAUCCUCGCUGCACCACACCCCUCCCGCCCUGCCUGCCUCCGCUGGUCUGUGUCCCCCCGGUGCUACUUGCCUGCCCCUCACGCUCUUCCCCUGGCGACCCCUCCUCUCCUCCUCGCCCUCUCUGCCUGACUCCUCUGCCUCCAGCAGCAGCAGCAGCAGCAGUGGCAGCAGUGAGAGUGACAGUGAGAGGGACGGAGAGGGAAGCGAUGGUGACAUUGGUGGUGGUGGUGUUGCAUCGAAGCAGCGGCAGAAGCAGAAGCAGAGUAGGAGGAGGGGGAAGGCAGGAGGCGAAGGGGUAAGAGGAGGUGGCGGGGAGGACGGGUGGGAUAGGCGGCUGGCAGCGCUGGGAGGAGUGCGCCUGGGCAUGGCGGCACGUGCAUGUGCUGCUGAGGCAAGAGAGCAAGGGGGAGCAGCAGCAGCAGCAGUAGCAGUGUGUGGCAGUGAGCAGCGCUACCAGCACAACCAGCACCUACAUGACGAAUCUUCUCUGCCUGCUCGCCCCUCCCAUUCAUGCCCCCUGCUCUGGUCGCCGCCCGUGCCUCUCUCCCGCUUCGCAGUCGCGCAGCGCCUGCUCCUCCCCGACCCCUCUGGCACCUGCCAUGCCGCCCUCCUCACCGCCUCCCUCCUGCCCUCCGCCGGCCAAUCAGAGGGCGCCACGUGGCAGCCGCACCUAGUGGUGCACGUGGAUGCACAGCCGCCGUGGCGCAUUGAGAACGAGACAGGUGUGUGUGUGGACGUGAGGGGGGCGGCCGAUGAGGCAGACGCCUUUGUAGCGCGAGUGGGGGCGGGGCGGUCACUUGCCUUCCAUGCUGCCGCCCUGCCUCUCCCCACCCCCUCUUCCUCUGCUGCCUCUGCUGCUACUGCCGCUGCCGACAGUGGCGGUGCUGCGGAUGCAAGGCGCAAUGAUGCGAGUGGCAGUGGGGGCAGCGAGGGAGGGCGUGAGGGGAGGGAGUGGAUGCAGGCGGGGGUGGUGGGGGGAAUGGCCAUCAAGAAGCGCAAGUGGCAUGGCCGCUCACAGCACCACCGCAAGCACACACAUGCUCAUACGCGUCCACUGAUACCCGGUGCAUUGAACCUGGACGAGGAGACGGACGAUGCCCUCAUGGCCCACAUUCAGCGCAUCUCAGGCGAUGGGCCCAUAACACAAAAGAGCACAGGCGGGCGAGCAGCAACAGGGGGCAUCUGUGUGCGGGCAGAGGGGGCGCAGGAGUGGAGCGAACCCAUCUCAGUGGGGCAAGGGCGGGGGGAAAGGGAGGGCGAGGGCGAGGGGGAGCUGCUGCUGCACGUGCCGUGUGGCGGCAGCAGCGGGGCGGUGGAGGGCGGGGGGAACUGGCUGCUGCUGCACGUGUGUGUGUGGAGGGAGGGCGCCACCGCUGUGUGCCGCAUUGCUCAUGCCGCCUCUCGCCCUUCCAGCCCCUUCGCUCUGUCCCUGCCUGCCCGCCCCAUGCCCCCUGCCAUGGCGCCUCUGCCCCCUGCCAUGGCGCCUCUGCCCCCUGCUGCUCUGCAUGUGGGUCUGCAGCGAGAGCUCAGUGGCGCCAAGGACAUGCGGCAUGACUCACCGCAGCAGCUGCAGCAGGGUGCGUUUGCUCCCAGCCACUUGCAAGCUGCACACCCCACUUCACGAACAUAUUCCCCAUCUCGCCCAUUCCACUCGCCCUCCUCCCCACCUUCCCUUGCAUCCUCCAAUUCCCCCGCCUCCCCGUCCACCCCUCUCACCCCCCCCACGCCCCACCCCACCACCUACCUCCUCCUGCGCUCGCACACACUCUCCCUCGCCCUGCCUUCACUCCACCUCGUCCUCUGGGACGACCUGCGCCGCCCUCCCUCCUCGCCCCACCUGCCUGGGAACAAGACAAACGAUGCCAGUCCGAGAGACAAUGAUGAGAGUGACAAUAAUGAGAGUGACAGUAAUGCGAGUGACAGUCUGUUCCGUGAUGCGUCAGCCAUCUGCCUCGUGUCCCUCUCCUCCCUGCACGCCUCGCUCUCCCUCCUCCCGCCUCGCUCCCUCUCGCUGCUCGGUAUUGGGGCUCACAGCGGAGCACCAAGUCACAGCAUGCCACGUGGCAUGCACACACAUCCUUUACCACCAGCGCCAGCAGCGGUGGGCAUGGUGUAUGCGGUGCAGUGCGGUGUGGGGUCGGUGCAGGUGCACAACCUGUUGCCUGGCGCGCUCCUCCCUCUCCUCCUCAACAUCCGCCCUUCCUCUCCCACCACUGGCUCAGCUGCUGGUGGGAAGGGUGAGGCGGGACGUAGAGGGAACAAGGAGGGAGGAGGGGGUAGACAAGAGGAAGGCGAAGGAGAGGAGCACAAGGCAGCAGCAGGGCAUAGAAAUGAGAGGGGGGAGGAAGGGCAGGCAGCAGUGCAGGUGGAAAUCGUGUUGUCACAGCACCCGUCGCAGCGUUUGACAGGCGGGUGGAGUAUGGGCGAUGAGAGGGUGCAGAGCAACCAGGGAGUGGAGCGGGUGUGCUACGUGAUGAGUGUGGAGGCGGUGCAUGUGAGUGUGGGUCACGUGGAUGCAUGCGCUGAUGACUGCCUGCUCUUCGCCCUCACCCACUACGCACCCAUCGCCAUCGCCUUCAUGCAGGGCAGCAGCCAAUCAGACGGUGCGGCAUGGAAGACGCAUAUGCAGGGAUCAGAUAGUGAAAGCCGAUCAGGAUUGCAAGCCAGCACACAAGGUUCCACGGCCACGCACCCUGUCGUGCCCUCCGCACUGCCCUCAUCAGACGCGGCUCUCAUCCGCCUGCUCGCCCUGCACCGCCUCCUCUCCACCCCGCCCCCCCGCCUCCCUGACAUCGCCCUUGCCACCACUCCCUCUCUCUACCUCGGCCGCUUCCGCAUUUCCCCCCUCACUCUCUCCCUCACUCUCCGCAUCUCCUCCCCUCUCCCUCUCGACACCACCGCCACACCACUCUCACUCUCACCGCUCCACCUCCCACCUCUCCUGUCCCCACGCGCUGCCCUCGCGCGUGUGGUGGUGGCGCACUACAUAACGGAGGGGGUGCUGUGUGUGCCGCGCGUCAUCGCCUCGCACCACCUGCUGCUCAACCCGCUGGGCCUGCUGCACAGCGUGCGGGCCGCCUGCCGCGACCUGCUGCUGCUGCCCGUGCAGGGCUCGCUGCACGCGGGGCCGCACGGGCUGCUGCUGGGUGUGGGGCGCGGCGGGCUGGCAGCGUGGCGCCACGUGUCGCAGUGGACCGUGGCGUCGCUCUCCGGCUUCGCCUCCAGUGUCGGCCGGCUCGUCAGGCAGGCUUAUCUUGGAGAACGGGGAGGUGGAAGCAGAGGCUUGGUAGGGGAGGGGGGGCAUAGAAGCGGCAGUGGUGGUGCACAUGGGAACAGAAGAGGUGUGGCUGGUGGUCGUGGUAACCAGCGUGUGACAGUUGGCGGUGGUGCUGCUGCUGCAAUGGGCAGCAGUGGCGGAGGAAGAGGCGGUGGGGGGGUGCAUGGCGGUAUGGGGCUGUCUGUGGGGCACCACCGCAUGCGACUGACACUCUCACUCGCGCACAGGCCUCGCCUUCCCCACCACUACCGCCACUCCCAUCGCCACUCGCUGCAUGAGCGGGAGCACCAGCCAGAAAGCACUUAUGAAGGCACAGGCAGGUGGGGCCACAGCAAGAGUGAUGGCGGGGAGGAGAGGCGGCAGAACGGGCAGGCUGCAGCGCAGCAUGCGACGGGGACGGGGUCCACGGGGCCUCGUUCUGUUGGCGGUGCAACAGGGGCACAUGGCGCAGAGGCAGAGGGGAGAGCAGCGCCACUUGCUACUGAGGGCAGGGGGGCCCAUGGUGGCGUGCCUGCCACCUGCACUGGGGGCAGCAGGGAUGGCAGUGCUUCUCGUAGGGAGGGUCCAGGCAGAGAGGGUGACGGGUGGCAGGUGUCGCUGGUGUGGCAGGUGCAGCAGAGGGGCGUGCGCUGUGCUGCCAGCCGCUUCAUGCCUCCUCUGUGGCCACCGCGCCCCCAAGCAUUCUACCUCACGCAUGUGGACGCCAGCACGGCAGUCAUCACCACCACCAGCACCGACAUCCCGCCUCUGCUGCUCCGUCACCCACUGCUCCUCCUCACUGCCACCCACCUCCUCGCCGUUGACCAAUCAGGGCUCGGCAUGGCCGCAUGCCUCCCGCUGUGUGGGCUGGAAGUGAGCGUGGAGAGAGGGGAGGAAGGGGGAGUGGAGGAAGGGGGAGGGGAGGAACUGGAAAGGGGAGGGGGGAAGGGAGAGGUGGAGGAGGGAGGUAUUGCUGAGGAGGGCGAGGGAGAAUGGUCGCUGACAUGCUUUUGUGGCAGGGGUGGUCGGCUGUGUGGCAGUGUGAGUGAUUGGUGGCACACACUGCCACACCACCCCACCCAGAGAAAGCCCACUGGCACUCUGGAUGAUAGCAGCAGUGAGAGGCGAGGGCGUGACGAGGGCAGUAGCAUGGCAGAGGGUGUGAUGGGUGGGAGAGGGGGAGGCGGGGAGGCAGACGCUGUGAGAACAGCGGAGGUGCAAGGGGGAGGGGAGCACGCAGACUUGACGAUAGGCUUUCAGGUGUACUGCCAGGUGGGAGAGGCAGCACACAUCCAGCUUGUGCCUCUGCUGCUCAGACAGGUGGCUCGCUCUGCUGCCUGUUGA